UAGUUUGUUUGCUGUUCAUAAUAGCUGUCACACUGUCCUGAAUGCAAAUCAAAGACUGCAUCAAGUUUACUGACAAGAAAACUAACCUCUUGAGACAUAUGUUUUUAAAACUUUAUUUCAAAUGAUACACAGUGCGGGGAAUUUCUCUUAUCACAUAAAAGCUCUGCGAAAGGUAUUGAAAUCGGGCUUCUGAGAAGAGAGAAAGGAUUUAUUUGCCUGAUAAACCCGACCUUAAAGCCAUCAAAUUAAAACGAACGAAACAUAAGCUUAAGUCAAGCUGUUUACAUCUUAGAAAGGACUUGUAAAAGAGCAGCACUUGAAGUUGGUCAGAGAACCUUGUUUGCACACCAAAACUCUCAGUUCAUUUGCAGCGAGUGCACCUUGGAAGUUUGGCACUUUCUUAAAUUAUUUGAAGGUGUUAAUUUUUUGCUGCAUAGGAAAUUUUUAUUUCAUGAGGUUGAAGUCAUUCAGCACUGUUAUGUAAUAACGUUUGUUUUCUUGAUUCAAUUUCUCAAUUUCUCUUUUAAGUCCCAAAACAGUGACUAGGACAAAAGAUGUCGUCGAUGUACUUAAGCUUUGCUGUAGUCUUCUCCGUGAUGGUGAUUGUAGAUCUUGUCGGCAACACAAUGGUUAUCCUUGUUGUCCUACUAAACGAAUCCAUGAAGACGCCUGUGAAUUAUCUGCUCGUUAAUCUCGCCGUUGCUGACAUUCUCGUUGGAGUGUUCUUCGUUAUACAGUCUAUUAUUACGCCGGCUCUCACUCACCCAGAAAACAAGACUGGAGAUUUUCUAUGCAAGUUCGUCACAGGUGGAAUUUUAGGAUGGGUGGGUGCGGUGGCCUCCGUCUUCUCACUGGUUGCCAUAGCAAUCGAGCGUUAUUACGCUGUCAUGUUUCCCCACAGCCAAAGAGGCAAACUCACAAAAACAAAGAUUACCAUUUUUGCGAUCGUGAGCUGGGUUCUUGCCCUGUUAUGGGCCGGAGUCGGAUUUUUCACUACUGUUUACAGCAAGGACAAAAAAAGCUGUGAUCUUAGCUGGUCGAAGGAAAUUUACGCCAAUGUAUAUACUGUGGGGUGGACGUUAGUAGCCGGUGUCAUGCCUUUGGGUAUCAUGGGCUUCCUAUAUGCUCGAGUGGUGCACCGUUUAUGGUUUACGAACCAAGAGAGAGAGGUUACUCAGAUGGCUUUGCUGCGCCACAGGAAACGCGUCACCAAGCUUGUCAUUGCUGUGACAAUGGUGUAUGCACUUUGUUGGGUUCCUGAACUGACAAUUUAUUUCUUGGGCUUCACCGGCGCUAUCCAGUUACAAACAAUUCAUUUCAACAUCGCAUCGGCCCUGGUGUUUUUCAACUCGACCAUUAAUCCAGUUGUGUACGCUCUGCAAAGCAGUAUAUUUCGUGGACAUCUGCGGGACCUGAUUUGCGCGUGCUGCAGAAAAGGUUGGAGGUCAAAUCAAGUAAAUCCAGCACUGGAGCCACCUCGAAUCACAUCUGCCCAAAGAAGGCUGUCUUCUGUUGUUAGCGACAAAAGGGAGGAGUGUGAAAUUGUCUCACACGAAGGAGCGUAAUAACACCAUGAUUUUAUAAACCAUAUUAUUAUAUCUCUCAGUUAGUACGAGCGCUGUGAUUGGUC